GUGGAAGAACUCAUGGGACCUUGUGGACAAAAAUGGGCCAAUAUGGAUCGAGAAGAACAAAUGUUAGCUGCUGCUACAGCUUUUACCCAGUUAUGUGUAGGGCAGGGUGAGGGAGGUAAUAGGACAGAAGCCAAAUCAACUCAAUAUGAUCCCUAUAGUAAAGCUUCUGUAACUACAGGGAAGCCUCCUGCUGCUCUUCCUUUACAUGUGGAAAGUAAUGUCACUUCAGAAACCAUCUCAGAGGCCUCAUCAAAACUGCAAAAGCCAGUGAUGAAAAGAAAAGUGCUGCGUAGAAAACCAGGUGGGGAAGUGUUAGUGACUGAUGAAUCAGUUAUCAGUGAAUCAGAGUCAGGUACAGAAAGUGAUAUGGAUCUCUGGGAUUUAAGACAAAGGCUGAUGAAUCUGCACUUUCAAGAAAAGGAUUCUCCAGUUGAAAUUUCACAAAAAUUUAAUCUACCACAUGAAUUCCAAAAAUGUACUCAAGAUCAGCUUAUUUCCUGUCUUCAAAGAGAAGGAUUAGGCCCCCAAGGCUAUGAACAAGACUUGAUUGUUGACAGCCGACCCAAAUCCUUUAUUCUUCCAAGGCUAAACCAGUUAAGCAGAAACCGAGGCAAGACAGACCGAGUAGCCCGUUAUUUUGAGUACAAACGAGACUGGGAUUUGAUGAGAUUACCUGGUGAAGACCAUAGGAAAGAAUUACGAUGGGGUGUCCGAGAACAGAUGCUCUGUCGAGCAGAACCUCAACCCAAGCCGCAGCACAUUUAUAUUCCAAACAAUUACCUAGUACCAACAGAGAAGAAAAGAUCUGCGCUUCGUUGGAGUGUUCGGUGUGACCUUGCAAAUGGUAUUAUGCCCAGAAAACUCCCCUUCCCUCUUUCUCCCUCUUAA